UUUUAGCUAUUUAUCAUAACAGAACAUUCUACUUGCAGGCGGACGUCUUACUAAAAUACUAACUGUUGAAAAUGGUGGACAGUAUGGCUCUUGGCUAACACCCCAGUUUUGUCCAUUUGGAACGUUUGCAAUGGGGUUUAACAUGAUGUAUGACGACAAUGAUGCAAAGGAAGCAGAUAGAACUGGAUUGAAUGUCAUUAACAUUUCAUGUGCAAACAGGAAAGGUACACGAGUAAAGAAUCAAAGAUCUGUUCAGUCUCCCUUGGGUGGUCGUGGUCACUGGACUGGAGAUGUGAUAUGUCCACGAAGUAAUGGUAUUCCCCUGUUCUUGCAAAGUUUCGAGUUAAUGGUCCAUGAGCCAAAACAGUCAGAAGACGACACUAAGGCAAAUGUUGUUCGUUUUACGUGUCGUGAUUCACACUGGAAGCAGCAGCCGAAAAGCAUCGAAAAACAUAUUGCUGGUGCAAAAGGUCAGUUCGGGAAAUCGAGUGAAAAGUGUCCAAAGGAUUCCGCAAUCUGUGGGCUACAAUCUCGUGUGGAGGGUCAUAUACAUCAUGGAGACAACACCGCUUUGAAUGAUGUCCGCUUUUUCUGUUGCAGAUUUAAGUAAUGGUCGUCUGCCAAAAAUUAUACCGAUAGAUUUACUUUAUAUCACAUUCAAAACAAUUGUGUACAAAAUAUAAAACUAUUUUUUAUAACUAUGUUGAUUAAUUCUCAUUUACUGCUAUAACCAUAGUAGCUGUAUAUAAUAAACAUAUACAUAUUAUGGUGUUGCAUAUCAUUAUAUGUAACAUCCCAUUAUGAAACACCAAACUUUGCAUUUUUUCCUAUGACGUUUAUAAUGUUAUGUUUAUACAGGUGCUUCAAUUUUCAUCAAAUUGUACAUGUAUUACGGCCGUGUAUAAAAGAUUGUUUGCUCGAGUUAUGAAAGCAGCAACUAUUUAUAGCCAGAAAACGUUAUAAAUAUGUGAUAUAUACCGUAUUUUAUACA